UCUCCAGAACCGAGAAACAAGAAUCACAGGAACCACAACCGUAUGAUACGAAGGAAAACCACCCAGUGGAAAACGGGCAGAAGACCUGAACAGAGGGCACCCAGAAUGGCCGGCGCUCAGUGAAGGGGCAGGGUGCGGCGGCACACUCCACCUGGCCCCGCAGAGGCCAGGGCACCAGCAUCCCUGGCAGCACCAGUUCUCAGGAGGGUCCCAAAUUGGAAACCACGCAUGCGUACCCCAAGUGGGUGACCAUAGCAGAAAGCAGGUGCACACCCCGAACUUGCGGCCUGGUGCCGCCCGGCUGCCUCUUGAGAGCCCUUCUUCCUGGAGUUCCCCCUGGGUGGUGUGGGCCUGCAGGCCACCUCCUGUGCUCUCCUCACAUUUUUGGCAUGUUUGGAACUAUGCUGAUGGACAGCCCCAUUUGUUCCCAGAACUGGGGGCCAGGCCAGGGGCAGUGUGCAGUAGUGGAGAGGAGCUUGCUCACCGCAGGCAGUCGCUCACGCCCACAUCCUGCAGGCUCCUACUUGCAGGCCACUGGAGACACUGGAAAGAACCUCUAUACAAAUGAGUACGUGGCUAUCAAACUGGAGCCCAUCAAGUCCCGGGCCCCGCAGCUGCACCUGGAGUACCGGUUCUAUAAACAGCUCAGCGCCGCAGAGGGCAUCCCUCAGGUCUACUACUUCGGCCCGUGCGGGAAGUACAACGCCAUGGUGCUGGAGCUGCUGGGGCCCAGCCUGGAGGACCUGUUCGACCUGUGCGACCGCACCUUCACGCUCAAGACGGUGCUCAUGAUCGCCAUCCAGCUGAUCACGCGCAUGGAGUACGUGCACACCAAGAGCCUCAUCUACCGGGACGUGAAGCCCGAGAACUUCCUGGUGGGGCGCCCGGGGACCAAGCGGCAGCACGUCAUCCACAUCAUCGACUUCGGGCUGGCCAAGGAGUACAUCGACCCCGAGACCAAGAAGCACAUCCCGUACCGCGAGCACAAGAGCCUGACGGGCACGGCGCGCUACAUGAGCAUCAACACGCACCUGGGCAAGGAGCAGAGCCGCCGCGACGACCUGGAGGCGCUGGGCCACAUGUUCAUGUACUUCCUGCGCGGCAGCCUGCCCUGGCAGGGGCUCAAGGCCGACACGCUCAAGGAGCGGUACCAGAAGAUCGGGGACACCAAGAGGGCCACACCCAUCGAGGUGCUGUGCGAGAGCUUUCCAGAGGAGAUGGCCACGUACCUGCGCUACGUGCGGCGCCUGGACUUCUUUGAGAAGCCCGAUUAUGACUACCUGCGUAAGCUCUUCUCCGACCUCUUCGACCGCAGCGGCUUCGUGUUCGACUACGAGUACGACUGGGCCGGCAAGCCCCUGCCAACACCCAUUGGCACCGUCCACACCGACCUGCCUACCCAGCCGCAGCACCGGGACAAAGCCCAGCCACACAACAAAAACCAGGCGCUGAACUCCACCAAUGGAGAGCUGAAUGCAGAUGACCCCACAGCCGGUCACUCCAAUGCCCCAAUCACAGCCCCUGCUGAGGUGGAAGUGACAGAUGAUACCAAGUGCUGCUGUUUCUUCAAGAGGAGGAAGAGAAAAUCUCUGCAGCGACACAAGUGACCGGGUGCCUGCAGCGCCUGCACCUACUGCGCGCAGCCUCUGGCUGAGCUUGUCCAGGAGGCCCGCGGCUCUCCACGGUGUCUGGGGCCAGAGCCCCACCGAAAGCCAAGGCAGACUGCGGGGCGCGUGGACCGCAGACACCACCCCCAGGACGUGGGGUCACUUCCUUCACUUAAGACUUCGGCCGAAAUGUCUACAGCUGUGUCUAGUCCUCCCCUUCGAGAGCAUUAACUAUUUAAAACAAGGAAACAAGGAAAAAGGAGCAGAGGCCUGCCCUGCCCCAGCCCUUCCCGUCUCCGUGGUGAUGAGUCGCGUGACCCUGGAGGCCCCCAGGCCACUCAUAAAGCCCAGCUUGUCUCCCUCGAUCCAAAGCCCGUUUUCUCGAGGGGGGGCAGGCCCAGCCUGGGAUGGGCACUUUGGGUCAUCUUGUCAGGCCACCUAGGAGGGGGCCCAGGCGUUGCUGUCUGGGUGAGGCCCCCCCCCCGGGCCUCCCCCAAACCAAAGGGGAAGGUGGGGGCGGGGCUGCAGCUGAAGCCAGCCCCCCAACCAAAAUGCUGCACCAAAGCUCUGGCGCCAGGGCGCGGCAGCCUUUUCCAGCCCGGCCUGCACCGGGUGGGCGCACGUGCUCCCGGAGGUUGUGCCCAGGCGCCUAGGACCCCGAGGGUGUGCGGCCUCUGUCCCCACUCUGGCGCAGGGGCUGCGGGGCUCCUGCUGCCUGCCGGCUGCGGCUCCUGGUCUCCCGGCCUCUGCAGGGGCACCGCCGCGGGAGACCACGCCUUAAAGCCCCCGCCCCACACCAGGAUGUGGUGGGGGCGCCUGGAGGCUGCGGGGGUGGGCGGAGGCGCCGGGGCCUCCCCAGCGGUGGUGGAGAGUAGUACUUGCUUUACAAAGUGUACAGAAAUGGCAUUUACGUUUCUCUGACGCUUCCUUGAAGCCAUAGAAUUUAGGGGCUUUUUUAAAAAAUAAAAGAAAAACGAAACCA